UCAGCUGACGCGCACGUGAACCUGUGUUCCUUAAGCGGAACAAGAGACAAAAUGUUUCACUGUUGACACUGUGUCUUUUGUUUAUUUGAUUUAAUUUUUUUCACCAAAAUGUGUCUUAGUCGCUAAAUUAACUCUCUUCUAACCGAGCUGCAGCCAUGUCCUCCGCGGAGCUCCGGAGGGACGCCCUGGAGGUAGCUGUGAUCCCCGAAAGCCCCGUCGGUCCUCGGGCAGGAGAGAUCCGGAGUGCCGAGCUCGCUCCCGGGGCCUCUCUGCUCGGAUGUGUCGGUGUGAGCGGGACUCUGGAGCUGUGGGAUCCGGCGGACAGAGAGGCCAAGGCGGUGACAGUGGAGGGACGCUUCAGGCAUGUCCAGUGGGAGGAGGGGAGUGUGCACAGCGCCAGUCCCAGAAGCAGCUCCCGUCUUCUGGCUGUGGGAUCAGAGUUUGGUCUGAAACUUCUGCAGGUGUGCGCUCACCCAGGCUCUGUCUCUGUGCUCCACGUGGGUGAAUACCCUGCUGAAAAACUGCUCCAGGCGAUAAAAGAGAAGGACCACAGUGUGUCUGAGCUUCAGUCCCUCCAUGUUCUCUCCUGGGUUUCUGGUCUCUGCUCUGUUGUGAUAAACUCUGAGUGGAUCUUUCAGCUUCAGUUUGAGCAGACAGCAGAGGAGCCAGAGAUCGUGUCCUGCUUCAGAAUCCAACAGAACAGAGAGGGCCAGAGUCCUGUUCACCACUGUGUCUGCAGAGGAACACUCUUCACCAUCUCAAUCAGUGGGCUCAUCUCGGUCUAUUCUCUGUCUGAUGGAUCUCUCCUGGCCUCUGUGGACCUACCAUUGUACCUGGACUCUGGACUUGAGGACGAUGACUUGUCCUCGUCUCCUUCUCCCUCGCUUCCUUCUCCUACGUCCUACCUCCUUCUCCAAGUGUCCUAUGACUUGAGCACUGCUGUGGCCCUCACGGACACCAACACUGCCACAGCUAUAGACCUCCACCACUACUUCAGGCUAUUUCCGGACCACUUGCUGUGUGCUGUGAACCCAGAGAGACUCUCACUGCAGCCUCAAGACUCCAGGGACCAGGACUCUGUGAGCUGCUCCAAACACUGCCUCUCCGCCCUGGGACUGGACUUCAGCACCGACCGGUCUUGGGAGUCUCGUCUGGUCUCUAUGUACAGUGCAGCCCGAGAUUCCUCACCUCCUCCUUCCUCCUCCUCCUCCUCCAGCGACCCCUGGUGGUCCUCCCUACCUCACCUCAGCUCCCAUCAUGCAUCACUGACGGACCAAAGCCGAGUCCCUUCCAGAGGUCUUACCCUACCCUUCUCUGUUCCUGAAGCCUGUUCUCCACAUCUACUUAAUGUAUCUGAGUUUUCGGCUCUGCUCACCUUCGUCACCCCCGGCAACGCUCAGACCACUGUUGCACUGUUGGAGUUUGAGUCAGGGAAAGUGAGCUACCACACGGCAGAGGGCGAGGCGGCUCCAGUUCAACGCUGUGGAGAGACACAACAUGUGCUACUGCUGAAAAAUGGCGGUCUGUUCCAGGUCCUGUUCUCCAUUUCACAGCAGGACUUACUCAGCAGACUGAUGUUGUUCGGCAGUGCGGCCACGGUGGACGCAGUUUGUAAUCUGAACAACUGGGGGCGCUGCUCCAUCCCCAUCCACUCUCUGCAGGCCGGACUGAAGAACCGUCAGCUCGAUACAGUGGAUUUUUACCUGAAGAGUAAAGAAAAUGUGCUGAGUCCAACCGAGCAGCCAGCAGGGUCCAGCCUCAACCUCACAGAGAGAGUCCAGCAGCUGUGUCCGGCCUUAGACCUGCUGUGUUCUUCAGUGAGAGACUCAAACAGUGAAGCUCAGAGUCGACAGUUUUCAGAGCAGCUGCUCCAUAUCACACUGAGCUUCCUCCACUCCCAGAUCAGAGCCCUGCUGUCCCACCACAACAGUGAUAGUGCAGACGUUCACAGCUGUGUGGAGGUGCUGGACCAGUACCUGACUCAGCUCAGAGGCUUCAUGAAGAGGUUUCCUUGGUCCAGUUCAGGUUCUGGAGGGUCCAGGAAAGAGGAGAGCGCUGCAGAUGAGUGGGAUCAGCUGCCCACUCCGGAAGUGGUCCGUGCGUCUGUCCUGACCAAUCAGAUCCCUCGAGCUCAGGCAGUUCUGAGGCGAAGGGGCCAAUCAGAGCACAGACUGGCCGCUGUGAGGAGGGAGGGGCUGGGACAGGUGUACUCCAGUCUACAGCAGCGAGACCUGGACACCGCCAACGCCCUGCUCAUUAACAUGGGUUUCAGUGUAAAGAAGCAGCUCCACAGUAUCUGCCUGUACACAGACAAAAAAGAGCUCCGUGAGUUUGUGGUUGAGGAACUUUUGAGGAGGAAUUAUUUUACAGAAGAAGAAACCAAAAGCCUGUCCUUCAUCAGAGAAAUGGAGCGACUGGGGUCACUUCCCGUCCUUCAGUGUCCCUUAAAAACCCCAACUCCAAGAGCCUUACAGAUGGUCCACACUGCAGAGACCAGUGAAGAGGUUCUAAAGGAUCUAACGGUGCAUCGACGGUUUGAAGAUUCUGGUCUGUGGGUCCGUGUGAGGCUGGACUGGGUCAAAAACUGGGAGCAGAGAAACCAGACUGAGAUCCUCCUGUCCCGCCUCAAACACACAGAGCUGACUUCGUGUGAUGCAUCUGUGCUGUGGAGAUACUUGACGUCUCUCCAUGAUGAACGCCGCGUGGUGGAGUGGGUGCAGAACAGUGGUGCCCCCCAGUGGCCAGAGUUAACCCCUGAACUGGUCAACAGCAGCACAGCCUGCAGCACCUUCAUGAGAGAGGACAUACUGGAUCGACUGGCACGGAGAGGUGUAUUCAUCCCAGAGGAGCUGUGUGAUUUGGAGCGUCUCCUUUGGCGGGUGGCUCAGAGUGAAGGGGUCAUGUACCAGUCCAGUCUGCUCCUGUCGUACCGCGCCUGUCAGGGCCUGGACUUCCACAGCAUCUUCAUCACCUUCUGUUUGGAGCACGGACUCCAGUACCUGCUCUACUCCUACCUCCAGCACCACAGGUUGACUCCAAGAAACUGCCCUCUUCUGUCCAAUCAGGACUUGUUCGUGAGCCAUCCAUGGUUUGAGAUGCUCGUCAAAAUUCAAGAAAUCACCACAGAUCUUUCAGACCCAGGGCUGUUGUUCAAGGCCAGUCUGACCAGUGCUCAGGUGCUGUUACCGGGGAGUCAGGCUGCGCUCUGCUCUCUGCUCUUGGAGGGACACAGUCUGCUGGCUCUGGCCUCCACCAUGUUUGCUCCAGGAGGAAUCGAUCAGGUCCUGGUAGAAGGUGAGAGCUCAGGCUGCACUGAGAGGACAGUGGACCCUCAGCUCCUGAAGAUGGCGCUGACUCCGUAUCCCAAACUGAAGGCAGCACUCUUCCCCACUGGAUCCAGAGGAAAUAAUUCACCUCAGGAUGUCUCAGUCUACCACCUCCUGCAGUCUCUUCAUCCCUUGGAUCCAUCUAAACUGUUCAGCUGGCAGACGGCUAACACUCUCAACUCAACUGAGACCUCAGAGCUGCCUCAUUUCUCCAGCCCAGCUCUGGUCAGUCGCUUUGCUCUGGUGGAGAAUCUGGACUUCCUGUAUUUCCUGUGUCAUGGCCGACCCUCCUUCGCUUUUGCCACGUUCCUCCUGCAACAUCUCAACGGCUGCAGUGACGUCAAACAGCUUCUGCAGCAGGCGUGGCAUCAGGUGUACCGUUUAGGAGUCCAGUAUUUCAACUGUCCCUCUGUUGCUGCGGCGACAGUGUGUUUCUGUGAGCUGUUGGGACUGUGCAGCCUCCAGCUCAGAGUCGACCUCCGAGCGCUCAACUCCAUCCUCCAGCAUUGGAGCCAAACAGAGCUGCGAUCCACUCCAACACAACAUCUGCACACUCUGGUGUCUAAAGGUCUGAAGCUGGUGGAGGCGGAACCAGGAGCAGCAGAGGAGCUGAUUGGCCACUUGGAGGCAGCUGUAUGCGACAGCCUGGAGCAGAAAGGAGUUGGGAGGUGUUCGUACGAGGCUGCUCUGGAGUGGUCUGUGGCGGUUCAGUUCUGUCAGGUCCACGGACUCCGGCUCAGCUCUGUGUUUCCGUCUUACUGCGCCAAAGAUGGACACUUCAUCAACUUCCUGCUCUUUGUCCAGCUGCACAACUUCCCCCCACAACAGGUGCGGUGUCUGGUGUCUGAGUUCAGUCCCACUCUGCGCUCUCACCUGAGCCUGGCCUUUCAGGACCUGCAGCUGUUCAGUGCUGAGAGAAGAGCAGCAGAGGAACAGCUGCAGGAGCUGUCUGCAGAGGAGGGGGGGCUGCCACUCAGGAGCUCAGAGCACCCAAAGGAGCUGUUUCAGGUGCUGCUGCAGAGCCAAAAUGAGACAUGCCCUUCUCGCUUUCUCCUGCAGGAGGCGCUUAUGCAACACUGCCCCAUUCUGGCUGUGCUCGCCGUGUGUCAUCAGGGGGCGGAGCGUCUGUCCUGCCUGUGCGUGUGGGUCCUGACCUCUGUGGAUGAAACUACAGCACGUGAAGCCACGUCUCACCUCAGCGUCGCCCCCCAGCACCACGACUGGACACUGCACGACCUGUCAAUCAUCUGGAGGACGCUGUUGGGGCGGGGCCAAGUUGCUCCACUACUCAGAGGAUUCCAGCUGUUUCAGAAGGACUGCCCUCUGGUGCUGGUGCUGAGGAUGUUUGAGUUGUGUUGUGACUACAGAAACUUCGCUGAGGCAAAAGCAAAGCUGUUGGACUUUCAGAAGACCCUUGUCACUCUGAGGAGCAGUGGUCCAGCGCCCCCUGGUGGUCUCCCUCUGCAAUGGGUGGAGAGUCAGGCCUCAGUUCUUCUGCUGAUGAUGCUCCAGCGCUGCUCCUCUCAGUUUGACCUGCACAGACUCCUGCAGCUGCUCGCCGACGUCAACAAGCUGCUCAAAUCUAAUGGUCUAGACUUCAGGAAGCUCAGUCAGUUGAGUCAGCUGUUACAGGGCUCAGACGUGACCCUCUCUCCACGACUGCUGCAGUGCACAUCCCCCUCUGACCAGCAGGAGGAACUACAGGCCAUAGUCGACGCUCUGCAGUCCAGGGGGCGCUAUUCUCAGGCCAGACAGGUGUCCCAGCUCGCAGGGCUCCCUGUGCACAGGCUGCUGCUCAGCCAGCUUGAGCAGGAGGUGAGCUCUGUCAGGCAAAAGCGUCAAUGGAAACGUUUGGAAACUCGAGUGAACUUCUGGAAGAAAAGUCACGACCAGCUUCAAACCGACAGCACCGACCCUGAAGCCGCCGCACACUUCCUCCUCUCACAAACUCUGAACUUUGACCCGUCCACGACCCCUCAAGACGACCAAUCUCAGCUUUUAGAUAUUCAAGAAAAGUGUCUCCUGAUUGCACUGGCUUCUUAUUGGUUCUCUCAAAUUCACCCUGUUCCCAUUUCCAGACUGGAGGAUCUGGAGAAGGAGCUGUGGUUGAACAAAGUCAGACAAGAACUGUUGACCAAUGCAAUUGAGAGAGAGAGUGUUUUUAAUGUGCCACAGAGCGUCUCUUCUGAACUCAGCACGUAUGGAGCUCUCAUGAAGGACUUUUCUUUCUCUAAUAUUACAAGUCUAAAUACAGCAGCGUAUCUCAGUCUGGACGGGCUCCCUAACGCAGACCCCAGUGGCGCCCCCUCCUGCCCCCCUGACCUGAGCGCAGAGGAGGGGCAUGUUCUGAGCACUCUGGUGGGGCAGUUACUGGACCAAGGCAGUAUCCAUGAGGCUAGCAGAGUCUGCAGAUACUUCACUUUGUUCCAUAGAGACGUGUGGCUGGUGCUUCGCUGCAGAGCUCUGGCCACAGGAGAGAUCCAGCCCGAGCAGAGAGACGAGGAGGACACAGAGACAGAGAGUUGGACAGGGACAAGAAGCAGGAUACCCAGCUCGGCCUCCUUCAGCAGUCUCUCCUCCUUUGUGGUUUUUUCUCUUCCUGAAGAUGAAGUUUCUGUUCAGCUUCAUAAACUCAUCAAUCAGAGUCGCCAUGGCAACAACUACUGCAAACAAGUGCUCAGCCUCUAUCAGCUCUCAAAGGAGCUGCAGUGUUCCUUUGCUCAGGUGUGCAGUGAGGACCCUUUGUGUGUCCUGGAGAAGCUGUUGGUUUGUGAGCAGCCUGAGCGUUUCAGAAGAGCACAAGCUUUUAUCAGAGCUCAGGGACUGUCCUCUGAGGAGGUGGCCCAGCUCGUGUCCACCGCUCUGGUCAACUCACUGCUCACCUCCACACAAGAGCUACAGCCUGAACGUCAGGUGUUCCGUCCAUCAGAGGGGCGGGACUCUCUGAUGCAGCUCCUCAAACUGUGUGAAGACCCAAACCUGGUGGGAACCAAGCUCCUGGAGCACGUCACCUCUGUCCCCCUCAGAGACCUUAACUGCAUUGUGGAGCUUCUGAUCGUGGCUCACGACUGCUUCAGUCUGACCUGUCACAUGGAGGGGAUCGUCCGUGUGCUGCAAGCGGCGCGCCACCUCAGCCACUCCCACCUCGCACCAGGGGAGCACUACGGCCUAUUGGUGCGUCUGCUGACAGGAAUCGGCCGCUACAAUGAGAUGACUUACAUCUUUGACCUGCUGCACCAGAACCACCGCUUUGAGAUGUUACUGAGGAAGAAGAUGGACACGGACAGAGGGCAGAGCUCGAGCCUGAAGACGGCCCUGCUGGAUUACCUGAAGCGCUGUCUCCCGGGCGACAGUGAGAAGCACAACAUGGUGGCGCUGUGUUUCAGCAUGAGACGAGAGAUCGGAGAGAACCACGAGAUGGCCGCUAGGACUCUGCUCAAGAUGAUCGAGAGCCAGGACUGGGUUGUGACUCCAGAUUUGAAGACUUCAUUGGAGAAGGUUCAGGGGUUACUGAAGGAUGCUGCAGAAAGUUACGCUAAGGACUCGUGUGUUCGUCAGGCCACUCGCUGUGUGAAAAUGGCUAAACUUGUGGCUCUGCAGCUUCACUUCAUUAAACAGGGACCAGAUUUGAAAAUCAUCAACCUGAAGCCCGCAGAAUUUCUGAGUGCAGCGGUGUCACUGCCUCGCUGCUACCAGGUGUUUGUGCUGUCGGAGGCGUACAGCUACAGUCCAGACUGGGCAGAGGUCUUGUUCCAGAGAGUGGUCUUGAAGGGGGACUUUGUUUACCUGGAGGAGUUCAAAUGCCACAGAGCUCUCUCCAGCACUCUGUUUGAGGAGAUCUUCAAAAAGUUGGACGGAGCUCCCAGUUCGUCCACAGCCAACGUGAAGAAGCUUCUGUCUCACUGUGAGGAUGUGUACAGCAGAUACAAACUGGCCUAUGAACACAAACUGUUUGAUAUCACACAGGCUCUGCUCCAGGACAAGAGCACAGCCAGCUACCUGCACGACCGGAUGGCCAGAUGACCCCUGACCCGUGACCCCUGAGCCACUGGACAGUGUUUCUGUUUAAAUCAUGUACAAAGACAAAUGUCUCUAGUCAGUCUAAUAAAUGUACAUUAUUCAUGCACUAUCAGCACUGAAGCCCCUUUAUAAUGAUGUGCAAUAAUUAUCCAAAAUGUUAAAUGUUUUUAUUUGUCAGGAGUCCACAGUUGCCUUAUUGUGAAAGUCAGAGAAAGCCUUUGUGAAGUGUCUGCAGUGUUACUCUUUAAAAUCAUGUCCAAACACAGGUGGCUUUAAUCUCAUGAGCAUCAUUAAACAUUUGGGUUUUUGUAAUGACCUAUUUCAGGCUCUAGAUGGCAGCAGCUUUCUACCCAAGAAGCGCUGCAUAACCCUAUCGUAAUAAUGUGCAUUAAUGUACAAAAAGACUUAAAUUGAAUAUAUGUAAAUAAAAAUAAUUCCAAACUUU